AUGAAUACUGACAAUAGUGAUGACGACUUUGAGCUGAUGAAGAUUGUGGAUCAGAGGAUUGCAGCAGCAGUUGAAGACCACAACAAUUCUCGAAGAAGAGAACACCAUCUAGUGACCCAACACCCAAGCGAGAAUCUCUCUGCGCUUGGCCCACAUAAUAAUACGAAAAGCACCGGUAGUCACAAUAAUGAUGGCUUUGACUUGAUGGGAAUUGUGGCCCAAAGAGCCGCUGAUGCCAGGGCAGCCAUUGACUCUGAACAGGCUCCAGAGUUGGGUUUCCCAAAACCCCACAAAAUUCAAGACAACAUUCCAAUCCCAAAUAUUGGUAUGACAUCCUUGAGGCGCAUGCGAAAUGUCAUAGCAGAGUUUGUGCAGCCAGGAGCGUAUCCUGUUGAUGGGAUCGGCGCUCCUCUUCAAGAAGAAGGUGGAUCUCCGGGAUCGGACAAUGAAGGUGAAAACUGGGAGGAAGAAGAUAUUCAAGCUGUCGCAUAUCCCAUCGACCAUCAGGGAACGGAAGAAUUGCUCCCCAGUGGAGUCCCCUUCAUAGCAAGAAGCAGAACUACUUCGAAGAGAAAACUUUUGCGUGACAUUUCGCUUCAAAUUAUUUUUGGCAUGCUCAUUGUGUCCAGUUUCCUGGUAGUUUUUGUUGCGGUGAAUCGAAUUAUCAGGAGCGGAGAAAGCACCAGCCAAUCAGUCACAGAAAACGGGGUGGUUCGGGUUCCAGUGCUCCCCGCGGCCACACAAGCACCAAUUAGUUCAAGUUCGAUUCAUGGCCUUCUGGCAUCUCUUAAUCUUCCCGACUGCACCUUGGAAGCUCUACAAGACCAUAGAUCUCCCCAACACAAGGCGUAUGAAUGGAUGUUGGAUAACCAGCUGAGCAUUCAAAGCUAUCCCAACUGGAGGCUGACCCAACUAUUUGUUUUGGCUACCUUCUUCUUCUCCACCAGGGGAGACUCUUGGGUGAAUCAUCAUGGCUGGCUAGACUGGGACGUACAUGAGUGCAGCUGGGAACAGCGAUCCCUGACUCCCGACUACAUGCGGUGUGAUGAUUCUGGGCAUAUAAGAGGUUUGUCCUUUGUUGGAAACAAGCUGGAUGGAACCAUUCCACCAGAGCUAUCCCUUUUGAGUGCUGAUUUGGAGGUUCUGGAAUUGCCAGGAAACAUGGAAUUGAAAGGGCAGAUCCCAACCGAAAUUGGAUUACUAACAAAACUGACAGAGCUGGUGGAACUGUGCCCACGGAACUGGGCAAUUUGGGUUUCCUUACAAGCUUAA